AUGUGCUUUGUUCGCUUGGAAUCUAAAGGAAAGGUCUAUUCGCCACGAGUUGAUUCUUACUACGAGCGGCAACACAAUAUUCUUUGCUAUGAUAUAGAACUGCCAGGCAUGCGGCUGGAGGAUUUGAAGGUGGUUUUGGGCUACUCUGCCAUCACACGACAAAAGAGCCUGUGGGUGUGGGGAAUGUCGCUUUCCCCGCUGUGGCUGGAAGACCUCCGCUCUCAAGCCAACCCAAAUUUGCCCCCAUCGAUGGCCAAUUCGAAUAGCAAUAUUGGGGAAUUGCUUCAGCUCCGACUUGUGUCAGCUGGUUCAAUGACUUUAAUCCCUGCUAUUGGACCCAUUCACCAUCCAAUGCAACGUACCAUGGAAAGAAUCCAUGGCGAGUUUUACCGUCUCUUAUCUGUUCCAGUCCAAACUCGGGCGGCUGAUAUUGUUGUCAACCUCGUAAAUGGAAUCCUUUCAAUUGCCAUCCAGUGCAAACCGCCUCUGACGCCCAAUGAGCUCCUGGUUACUCAGGAGGAGCUGGAUGUGAAAUAG